ACGAAACAAAACGUUUUUUUUUCUUUACCGCCCGGUUCUUUUAAGAUAGACCUCAUAACUACCUUAUCAGUUGUGGUUUGCUUAACCGUAGUUAGUGGUGCUCUAAAUGUCGACAUGGCUAACCGUAAACGAAUGUUGGCGACAUCAAUAAACGAGGAUGACAUGAUGAAAACGCCGCAGAAGAGAGUGUCAGCGGUUGAUCUGUCUGACUCGGACUACUCUCAAUGGGGAGUUGAGGAAACAUGCCAGUACCUUCGAGAAGAAGGUCUGGGAGAGUGGCAAAUUGUGUUUAGAGAACAUAAACUCACUGGUGCCGAGCUGCGAUAUCUCAAGAGGGAGGACCUGGAGAAGAUUGGCAUUAAGCUUCUUGGUGACCAACUCCGGAUCCUACACAGCCUGAGGAAGCUGUGGCACAUACAGGAGUGUCCUCAAACAAAUAAGGUCUUUAAUGAUCCCAUCCACGGGCAUGUGGAGCUACACCCACUUCUUGUCAAAAUCAUUGACACGCCCCAGUUCCAGAGACUCCGAAAUAUCAAACAGUUAGGAGGGACAUACUUUGUUUUCCCCGGCGCAUCCCACAACCGUUUUGAGCACUCUAUCGGAGUGGGUUAUCUGGCAGGACAACUUGUGAAAGCACUGAAUGAAAGGCAGCCUGAACUUCUCAUUACUCACCGAGACAUCCUGUGUGUGCAGAUAGCUGGCCUCUGUCAUGACCUGGGACACGGGCCUUUUUCACACAUGUUUGAUGCCAAAUUCAUUCCUAAAGCACGUCCUGAUAUUACCUGGAAGCACGAGAAAGCAUCGAUUGACAUGUUUGACCACCUGGUGAACAGCAAUAACCUGAAGCCUCUGAUGGAGCAACAUGGUCUCUGCCUGCCUGAGGACCUGGACUUCAUCAAGGAGCUCUUUGCAGGACCUCUGACCACAAAUCCAGGCCAAGUUGAAAAUUGGGCCUACAAAGGUCGUCCAAAGGACAAAUCCUUCCUCUAUGAGAUUGUGGCCAACAAGAGAAAUGGUAUUGAUAUGGACAAGUGGGACUACUUUGCCAGAGACUGCUACCACCUAGGCAUCCAGAACAACUCAGACUAUCGUCGCUUCCUCAAGUUUGUGAGGGUGUGUGAGGAGGACGGACAAAAGCUAAUUUGCACUCGAGACAAGGAGGUGGGCAAUCUGUACGAAAUGUUCCACACACGUAACUGUCUCCACAAGAGAGCCUACCAACACAGGGUGGGCAACAUCAUAGAAACCAUGAUCAAUGAGGCAUUUUUGAAGGCCGAUAAGCACAUCCAGAUCCCAGGCUCAGGGGGCAAGAUGUUCACGCUGUCCACAGCCAUAGAUGACAUGGAGGCAUACACCAAGCUGACAGAUCAUGUAUUUGAACAAAUACUCCACUCCUCAACUUCAGAGUUGGCCGAGGCACGACAGAUUCUACAGAACAUUCUUCUGCGGCGCCUCUACAGGUUUGUCGGCCAAACCCAGAGUGAAAAACCCUUGGAAGUCACUCAGAAAAGAAUUGAUGAGUGGGAGAGGGCACUGCCAAAUUCAGUUCCUCUGACUGGCCCCCUGGGUGUCACUCUGCAGCCUGAAGACUUUGUAGUUAGCGUCAUUCAUAUGGACUAUGGGAUGAAAAAUGAGAACCCCAUUGACAACAUGCGUUUCUAUUGCAAGACUGACCCCACCAAAGCCAUUCAGAUAUCCAAGGAACAGGUGUCCAGACUUCUGCCUGAAUGCUUUGCUGAGCAACUGAUCAGAGUUUACUAUAAGAAGGCGGAUGACAAGUGCCUACAUGCAGCCAGGAAGCACUUUGUGCAAUGGUGUAUCAACAACAACUUCUCAAAACCGCAGGAUGGAGACAUAAUUGCACCUGAACUGACUCUCCUGAAAGACAGCUGGUCGAGCAAAAAAAAGGAAAAGAAGAAUGAAGAAGAUUUGGGCUGUAGAAGGUUGGAUGUACAAAAGAAGCUUUUUUCAUAGAAGAGCCUAUUUGGUGAUCAUGUGGAGGUAAAAUACUAUUUUCCAAAGCAGGGCGGAAGCUUUAGUCAACAACGUUUUUACACCAAAACAAAAAAACAAAAAAAAACAUUGUUCCAAAAAAUUAUUGUCAUACUCAGGUUUUUACAGAAAUUGGAACUUUGGCAAUUAUACAAGGAGUUUUAUUUUAUUUUCAUCCUUUUAAUCAAGGUUUUAUUUGGUUUUAUUCAGUUCAGCUGAUGUUCACAUGAUCGUGUACCAUUAAGAAUUCAGCUUUUUAAAUUAGCUUCCUUAAAAAAUACAGAAUUGAAUUCACUCACCUUUGAGGCACUGCUUAUUACUUGCUUUGCACAGCCGUAACCUUAACUCUUUAUUCCCUACAAACAGAUUGUGUUGAUGGGUGCUUGGCUCCCAUCAGGAAAUAGGUAUUUGUGGGUGCGUGGGUGUUUGCUUGUUGUUGUUUUUUGCAUGCAUGCAUCUUGAUUUGAAAGUUUGAUCUCACUUUGAAUUGAAUGUAAUAUUUUUUGGGGAUGUUUUCAUUUUUUGGUUACAAUAACUGUCUCAACUACAACUUAUUUAUCUCUGCAUCUUAGCUUAGCAUUUAUUUAUAUUCCAUUAAUACUUCUGUCACAAUAUGUCAUGCCACCACACUAUUAUGGGCUGAUUUUAUUUCUUGCUGGUUGCGGAAAACAACAAAAGAGAGAGACAUUUUAAAGAAGUGGAUCAUGUAAAACAAUGAUGGGAGUUGAAAACAGUUUGGAAAUAAAACAUGUUCACU